AUGUUCCUUAUUCCCUUAUCAAUAAGAAACAACUUGAGUCUUCUUGUAAGGUUUGAACCAAAAAGAAGUGAAGUUGUUGUAAUGAACGAUGAACUAAGCAUAUUACUAUGGAAUGAGGAAUAUAUCGAGCUGGUUUCUGUUCCCUUGCUGGGCCAGAAGGAAGAAACUUCGGCUUCUAAGGCCCUACCUGUCCUAGAUGCUGCAAUUGUUGCAAGAGACGAUGGCCUGCAUGUGUUUGCCAUAACAAAGACCAAAUUCUACCAUUUCACAAAGGGGCUGGGCUCAUUUACCGAGAUUUCGCACGGCUUUUCUCUUCCUGAAAUCAAUGCCUGGGGAGAGGUUGUGGUAGUAUUUAGCAACAAUUCAUUUUACCUUCUUACUGAAAAUGGGUUUAGGAACCUCCACAUUUCCCCAUAUUUCAGAUCUAUAGUUUCCUAUUCUUGUGGAAGAUCGUUGAAUACCGAUGUAAUUGUCUAUCAAACAGAUUCAUACACGAGCAUCUACUCUGCUGAUGGUACUCCAAUCCUAGAGAAGUAUCCCUGUACUCAGAAGGCAUUUGUUACCGGCAAGGGACUAGCAAUCCAACGAGGCUGCGAGAUAUUUCUGUACGAUGUGUCAGAUGGCGUUGAGCUACUUGCAAGGAUAAAUAUGAAUGUGAAGAUUAACGCCAAGUGGAAGCACUUGAAGUAUCACAGUGACAUGCUUUAUAUGAGUGGAAUUAGUAAUGAUGGAUACAUUCUCUAUGCGGAUGGAUACUUAUUUGAUACCAACGAUCUUGUCCAGUCUUUCGAGUUUUACAGAAACUGCUUUAUUGGUGUUAGCUCAUCUUUCUUAUACUUUUUGCCAAGCGACAAGGACUUUGAUUUGAAGCUGUUAGAUAGCGAAUACCGAUUGCUAAACAAUGUUCUCAAUGGCAACUUCACACCAUACACAUGUAGGAGCUUCAAGCUUUUUGAUAAGGAGCGCCUGUGGGAAAGAGAGGAAGGAAAGAUAUCGAAGACUGGAUACUUCCUGGGCUUCUUGGUAUAUUGCGGGUUUAAGGUUGAGUGCUGCAAGUUGAUCUGUAAUGCUCUUAAUGAAGUACAAAGUGACAGGAAAAGUAUCAGGAAGCUCAAAAUUCUAAACGAGGCAAUGAAGUUUGGGCAUAAAGCCUACAAAAAAUUUGUGAACAUGGAUGUACAUGUAGAAAAGAUAUAUGGCAAGAUCACUGAGAUAAUUAACCCAGAGGCUAUUGAUGAAGAACUCUUGGUGGAUAUGGCAGAAAUUUCUUUCAGAGAUAUUGAUUUUAUUGAGAUACCUAGAUAUUUUCUUCUCAAGGGGAAAAAGCUUAUGGAGCAGAACGGAGAUUUUAUGAGUCCAUUCUACAAGUGCACUGGGCUAUUUGACAAAGUAGUGACAUUGCUUGAAAAGAAUGACAAGGUAGCCGAGAUAGUUCUUAUGUGGAAAAGCACCGGCUUCUGCAAGGAUUCUUCUCUUGAGUAUGUCUGCAAGCAUAAUCUUGCCUAUCUUAUAUCUCAGAGAUGUGCUCAUGAUAUAAUCAGCGGGUGGGAUGCCCUUAGAUGUCUUUGUGAAAUGUGGAAAAAGAGUAAAAACAAAUGUAAAGCAUCCAGGGACAUAGUUGAAUUCAUAGAUGGAAGAUAUGACUUGAUAGUUGGAUGCAAGCUUCCACUCGCCUUAGUAGCACUGAUGUCUGAAGAAAUAGUUCUAUACUGCCUUAGAUCCUCCUUUGGAAUAGACCAGGCCAUAUCAUUUCUUUUAUCGAACGGGAGACAUGGCGAUGCCUCAGCUCUAUAUUACCACCUAUUUGCCACUACUGGGAAGCAGGCAUACUUGGACGAGUCUCUAAAUAACAUCGGCAGCAGGGUCUUUAUAUAUAGAAACAUGUUUGUUGGUAGAGAAACUUUAGAGGAUCUGAAGGAAAGAAAGGAGCUGGAUUGUAGACAAGCCAUUUUAGAUAACAUUGAAAGGAUUAGGAGCACGGACAAUGGGCUCCUGUGGAGUAAUGUCUGCAUGUCUGAGAAAUACCCCGACGAAUACGGCAAAUACCUUCGCCUUCUUGAUGAAAUGAAGAAAGUUUGA